UGCAGCUUUCACGGAGCUGUGCUUGGUUACCAGACUGCGGUCGAGAUGUCCUACAUCCCCGGCCAGCCGGUCACCGCUGUGGUGCAAAGAGUUGAAAUUCACAAGCUGCGUCAAGGUGAGAACUUAAUCCUGGGCUUCAGCAUUGGAGGUGGAAUUGACCAGGAUCCCUCCCAGAAUCCUUUCUCAGAAGAUAAGACAGAUAAGGGCAUUUAUGUCACACGGGUAUCUGAAGGAGGCCCUGCUGAAAUUGCUGGGCUGCAGAUUGGAGACAAGAUUAUGCAGGUGAAUGGCUGGGACAUGACCAUGGUCACGCACGACCAAGCCCGGAAGCGGCUCACCAAGCGCUCGGAGGAGGUGGUGCGCCUGCUGGUGACGCGGCAGUCGCUGCAGAAGGCAGUGCAGCAGUCCAUGCUGUCCUAGCGGCCCGCUGCGGUCCCUGACUUGCGCCUGCCUGCCUGCAUUGACACCACUUCCACGCUCUGUCUGCCUCCGUCCUGGCUUCUUAUGUGUGCCGGGCCCCAGCUCCGAAAGGCCAGAGCUGGUCCCAGAGGCCUGUCCCCGGCCUGACCUAGCCUUCCCUCCCCUUUCCCACCACUGGCCUAAGCCUCUGGGACCAGCUCUCUCCCUCACACACUGAUGGGAAAUAAGGGCCUGGAGCUGAAUUCUGUUCAGUCUCUAGUGACCACAGCUUUGGCCCCGAGACUCUGCUGCCACGUGGCCUUAGUAGUGCCCAGACAGGCAGGAGGCCCCACUUCUUCAGGGCCACCACAAAGCCAGAGAAUGCCAGGUGGGGCCAGCCUUUCCCACAUUUAGUCCCGACUGUAGGGCUUGUCCUUGUCCCUGUGUCUCAGCUCUGCAGUGACUGUACCCCACAUUCUUCCCUGCUUUCCCCAGCAGGGACUUGACACACUGCCAGAGGCGCUACAGAGGUUUGCCUGAUGGAAGCCAGGCAGGCUCACAGGCCACCCUAUAGCACCCCCAUUUCCCUGAGAGGCGCUGGCCUCCCCAGGGUUCACCUGCUUACGAGAUUCAGACGAAGUUUGAGGCUGACAUUUCAGGGCAGUUCUCAGGAUUGCCAUUCCCUCUAUGCCUGUGCAUUUACCUUUAUAUUUUUUUAAUCACAACUUUGAUACAAAAGCAUUUUUAUCUUACUGUUUGGAGGUGCCAAUUCUACUUCUGAACUUGGCUUACUAAUUCACAUCUGGGAAUGACCAGUGUUACUCUGGUUCCUGUGGAAAUGGGGCAGAAAGCAGCUGCCCACACCUGACAACUUGUGCCUGAAUAAACAGUGCUGGAAUUCCAAA